CCACUACCAAAAAGUUAUAUUUCAUUACUCGUUCAUUGAAUUUUGACAAUUAAACUACAUGUAGUGAGUGGAAAUUCAAUUAAUUUCGUAAAGUUAUUAAUCAAUGCGUUGGAAAAAUACAUAACACCACGUUUGUGACAAAACAAAAAUAGAUAGUUUAAUAGAAAUAUAGAAAAAACUGAAGUAACAUAGCAGACGCCUAACAAAAGCAAAAUCCGUAGGAGCACAAAGAGGAUAGAAGAAUCUACAACAAUAACGAUUAGACGAGUGAAAUAAGAAAAUUUUUGGUUUUUUGUGUAUUAUACAUAUUUGUUGCGUAGUGAAUCAGCUAGAAUCUUUCUCCUCGGUGCUGUUUUUUAGGUAAUUUCGCAAGAAAUACAAAAUAAAUAUAUGUGAAAGCAAUAUAAAAACACUUAGAACUUUUCAAUAUUGCAUAUUAUUUAGUUGUAACGGGAAGUAGUUAGGAACCACCCUGUGCAUGCAUAAAAUAGCAAUAAAAACAUAUGAAUGUCGCAGAAUAAGCAAUCGCAGAAAACGGGAAACAUGGUUCGGUUUUGCUUGACUGUUGUGCGAAGUAAACUGAUCGAAAUAAUAGCAGCAAACGAAGAAGACGACUGCAGGCAGUAGAAUAUAUUCAUCAUCAAGUUAUAUUUCACGCGCAGCGAAACUGACAAUAGACGGUAGCACAGCACUAGCAACGAGAGCAGUCAGUUUUCUAACUAAAGUGUUUGCUACUGUGCUAAAGAACAUAAUAUACACGUAUAUUCAACUUAAAUACAUACUGCCGCUAUAUAUUAAAAUAUAGUUUAUAAGAUAACAAAAAAAAAAAGAAACGGGCAGAAAUAAACGAAGUAACAUCUAAACGUUCAGUGAGUACAUAGAGCAGCUGAAAAAAUGCAACAAGAUUGCAGUGAAGAAAGUUGGCUGGAAGAGCAAUGUCAUCGGGAGAUCAACGCCCAACACGACGAGCACGAACGCGACUACGUAAGGAAUCGUGAUAGUGCCUUAAGUAAUGUAUGGGGUGCAUUUCAGGAUUCGGCCACAGCAGUGGCACAUCUCUACAGAGAGCGUUCUUCGAACACGUAUCCUGAUACAGGCGCAUUAUGGCUUCCAUUUCAAACAGCUGCAGGCACGGUAACCACACUAUACAAAGAGGCAUGUGAUGGUGUUAAACGUACCAGUGAUUCAGCUGUGCAGUGUGGCUAUCAGCGUCGUACACGUGAAUUGGCCGACUGGGCCAGGAGUAAAAAACGUCGUAUGAUACGUCGCGAGGAUCUUUUAGCCUAUUUGGCUGGCAAGCCGCUAACAAAUACUAAUCGUCGUUCACCAAAGCCAGAACAUUCGCACAAUCACCCAAACACCGGUGCUGUGUUCAACACAAAUGCUUCACACCAUACACCGCCUCAUAUGUAUAGCACACAUCAUCAUCACGCUCAACAUCAGCAUCAGAAUCACCAUCAUCAAGUAGCCGGCGGUGGUGGUGCAGCCAGUGAGCCAAACAGUGAUUUGCAUACAUUUAAAGAAGCGCUUGUCUUGCGGCCACGGGGCCCCGAACUAUUUGCAUUUGUUGCCAACGAAAUCGCCCGUCACUGCAAACGUCCAGCCAGUCCCAUCGAUGAUAAAAUGGACAUCUGCCAUUAUAGCAGUAAACGACAGCGUUUUAUGUAGAAUUUUUUUUUUAUUUAACUUACAAUGGUAGUGUUAAAGCAAAUUACGCAUAAUUAACCAUUUAAAUGGCAGAGUCACACAGGCAGUAGCAAGGAUAUAUAGCGAAAAAAGCAAAAGGAAAGGUCAAAAAGCAAAACUUGAAUCAUAAAUAAUAAUAAUUUAGAACAUCUCAAGGAAAUACGAAAACUAUUCAAUACACACUAUAAUAAUAAUCAUAAUCGGCAAUUAGUGGUGAAAAGAUUUGUGAAAAAACCGUAAAACAAAAACAUAUUAAAUUUGGUAAUAAAAACAAAAAAAAAAAAAACUAAA